AAGAAGCCAAUGAUCUAUGGUUAAUUGUUAGUAGUUUCUGUCGCAGGAAUUGAUUUGCAUUCUAGAUUAGCUGAUUUUGAACAUCUAUCAAGCUUCUUAGUUUUUGGUCUGUUGGACUCUUGAUAACGAAUGGCCACUCAAGGAGGUCCGAGAUCAGGAACUCCUCAUCCUAAUAAUCUAGCUGAUGGUAUGCAGAACAUGCAAAUUGGUAGACCUUCUGGACCGCCCUCAGGCAUGGCUAACUCAGGUGGCUCUAUUCCUCCUGCCACUUUUGGACAGCAACCACCGCCGCCUUUCUUGGCUUCUAGUGGAAUGUCAAUGUCUCGUCCUGGUCCACCUCCACCUGGAGUGCUUCCUAGGUCUUCAAUUCCUCUUGGGGGUCCUCCACAAAAUACCUUACCUCCAAAUAUGGCUUUCAGCAGACCUUCUGGUCCUCCUGUUACUCAAACUGGGUCAAUAAAUCCUUCUUCUGUGUCCUUUCCCCGACCUGUUAGUAGUUCAGCUGCUCCCCCUUCUGGACUGCCUGGAUCUUUCCCUUUAUCUGGAAAUGCUGCUCCACCUGGAACAAGUCCUUUUGCUUCUUCUCCUAUGGCUACAAGACCAUUUGCUAAUGGGCCCUCAACGUUUGGAUCAAAUUCAUUGUCUGGUGCACCACGUUUCCCCCCUACAGGAAACACACUGCAAGCACCAGUCAGACCUCCUCCAACUAUGACAUCAACUAGUGUGCCACCACAGACUCAAAGCUCGUAUUCUUUUCCUGGAAGUCAACCUAUCACUUCAUCAACAGGUUCUAUGAGGCCAGUUACUCCAUUUUCUGCUCCACAGCCAGGUGCUUUUCCACCUUCAGGACCAUCACCAUUCUCUGCAUCACCCCAAGGUCCUCCAAUUUCUGCUUAUGGUGCUCAGCCAGGGACAAUGUCAUCUCAUCAGGGGGGCCCAACUUCCCAAUUUCCGGGUUAUGCACCACCCCCGAGAAUGUUUGGGAUGCCACAACCGCCACCAAAUCAAUCUAUGACUGGUUUAUCAGCAGCGGGUCACAUGGGAACAUCUAUGGAAAACCCACAAAAAAUUGAUCUGAGUCAAAUCCCACGCCCCUUGCCUAGUGCCUCAGUGAUUCUGCAUGAGACUCGUCAGGGAAAUAAAGUUAUAUCCCCACCACCUGCUUCGAGUGAAUAUAUUGUCCAGGACACUGGCAAUUGCAGUCCAAGAUACAUGAGGUGCACCAUCAAUCAGAUACCUUGCACAGUUGAUCUUCUGAAUACAUCUGGGAUGCAAUUGGCUCUGAUGGUCCAACCACUUGCUCUCCCUCAUCCAUCCGAGGAACCCAUCCAAGUUGUUGAUUUUGGUGAAAGUGGUCCUGUUCGAUGUUCCCGUUGCAAAGGCUACAUAAAUCCUUUCAUGAAAUUCAUUGAUCAGGGGAAGAGGUUUAUUUGUAACUUGUGUGGUUUUACGGACGAAACACCUCGUGACUACCACUGCAAUUUAGGUCCCGAUGGAAGGCGGAGAGAUGCAGAUGAAAGGGCUGAGCUAUGUAGAGGAACAGUUGAAUUUGUUGCUACAAAGGAAUAUAUGGUGCGCGACCCCAUGGCAGCGGUUUUUUUCUUCCUUAUUGAUGUAUCAAUGAAUGCCAUACAAACUGGUGCAACUGCUGCAGCAUGCAGUGCAAUCAGCCAAGUUAUUGCGGAUCUUCCUGAGGGUCCUAGAACAAUGGUGGGUGUUGCUACAUUUGAUUCAACUAUUCAUUUUUACAGUCUGAAACGUGCACUGCAGCAGCCCUUAAUGCUCAUAGUUCCAGAUAUACAAGAUGUUUAUACUCCUCUCGAAACAGAUGUUGUUGUUCAACUUUCUGAGUGUCGUGAGCACUUGGAGAUGUUGCUUGAAAGUAUCCCCACCAUGUUCCAGAAUAAUAAAACUGCAGAUUCGGCUUUAGGAGCAGCAAUAAAGGCUGCAUUUUUGGCAAUGAAACCUACUGGAGGGAAACUUCUAGUAUUUCAGUCAGUUUUGUCCUCUGUCGGUAUUGGGGCCCUUUCAUCUAGAGAAUCUGAAGGAAGAACAAAUGUCACCACAGGGGAGAAGGAGGCCCAUAAAUUGCUCCAGCCAGCAGAUAAAUCUCUAAAGUCUAUAGCUAUUGAACUUGCAGAAUACCAGGUCUGUGUUGAUGUGUUCAUUACCUCCCAAAGUUAUGUUGAUAUUGCUUCUGUCUCAGUUAUCCCAAGUACUACAGGAGGGCAGGUGUACUACUAUUAUCCAUUCUCAGCAGUUUCAGAUCCUGCCAAGCUUUAUAAUGAUCUUAGGUGGAAUGUCACAAGGCCUCAAGGAUUUGAAGCAGUGAUGCGUGUUAGAUGUAGUCAGGGAAUUCAAGUUCAAGAAUACAUGGGAAGCUUCUGUAAGCGCAUUCCAACUGACGUUGACCUACCUGCGAUUGACUGUGACAAGACACUAAUGGUUACAAUGAAACAUGAUGACAAACUUCAGGAUGGAUCAGAAUGUGCAUUUCAGUGUGCUCUUCUCUAUACAACUGUUUAUGGCCAAAGAAGAAUCCGAGUUUCUACGUUAUCUCUGUCAUGCAGUAGUGUGCUGAGUAAUCUAUUUCGAGGAGCUGAUCUUGACACCCAAUUUACUUGUUUCUUGAAGCAAGCUGCAAUUGAAAUUCCUACCACUCCACUCAUACAAGUGAGGGAAAAAGUGAUGAACCUCUGCAUCAAUAUUCUUCAUUCUUAUCGCAAGCAUUGUUCUACCACCUCAUCAACAGCACAACUUAUACUUCCAGAAGCGCUUAAAUUGUUGCCUUUAUAUACACUUGCCUUAGUCAAGAGUGCAGGAUUGCGAACAGAGGGGAGACUAGAAGAUCGAUCAUUUUGGAUCAACUAUGUUUCCUCACUUUCUACUUCUUUAGCUAUCCCAUUAGUGUACCCUAGAAUGGUGGCCAUUCAUGACCUUGACACCAAGGAGAUGGAUGGAUCUCUUAUACCUCCUGAUGUUCCCCUUUCAAGUGAACAUGUACAAGAUGAUGGAAUAUACCUUCUUGAGAAUGGGGUUGAUUGCUUGAUUUAUAUUGGGAACUCUGUGAAUCCUGAUAUAUCAAGACAACUGUUUGGUAUUUCUUCCCCUGAUGAAAUUCCAACUCAGUUUGUUCUGCAGCAAUACGAAAAUUCAUUAUCCAAGAAACUAAAUGAUAUUGUCAAUGAAAUAAGGCGCCAAAGAUGUUGCUACCUACGCAUGAAAUUAUGCAAGAAAGGAGAUCCAUCAGGAAUGCUGUUCUUCUCGUACAUGGUGGAAGAUAAGAGCCCGAGUGGGCUCGCAUAUGUUGAGUUUUUGGUGCAUAUUCAUCGACAAAUUCAAAAUAAAGUUACUUAAAAGAAAAUUAUACUUGGUGUUACUUCUUAUUAGCCUCUUUGGACAACUAUUUUCGGAAAAACGAAAAGAAAACAGAUCAAGGUUUAAUGAGAAGCGAAAUUGUAGGGAAACAGUUUUUUUUGUGGCAACAACAGGUUUACUUACAAUGAUAGAGUAUAGUUGAGAAGUUAUAUAAUGUAAAGACGGUUUUCUUUGUUGGAAGGGGUGGAUGAAAUAUAGACGUUAAUAAUAACUAUUUAAACAGGAAUUAUGUUUUGAUGGUUUCAAAAGAUUUCAUAUGGUGAUUAUUGCUUGUUUUGGUUUUUA